AUGGCUCAACACCCGACACCUAUCAUGGCUCAACACCCGACACCUAUCAUGGCACCACCCACGACACCUAUCAUGGCUCACCACCCGACACCUAUCAUGGCUCAACACCCGACACCUAUCAUGGCUCACCACCCACGUCACCUAUCAUGGCUCAACACCCACGACACUAUCAUGGCUCAACACCCACGACACCUACCAUGGCUCAACACCCACGACACCUAUCAUGGCUCACCACCCACGUCACCUAUCAUGGCUCAACACCCGGACACCUAUCAUGGCUCACCACCCGACACCUAUCAUGGCUCAACACCCGACACCUAUCAUGGCUCACCACCCACGUCACCUAUCAUGGCUCAACACCCGACACCUAUCAUGGCUCACCACCCACGACACCUACCAUGGCUCAACACCCGACACCUAUGGCGGCCACCACGACACCUAUCAUGGCUCCACACCGACACCUAUCAUGGCUCACCACCCACGACACCUAUGUGGCUCACCACCCACGUCACCUAUCAUGGCUCAACACCCGACACCUAUCAUGGCUCACCACCCACGACACCUAUCGUGGCUCACCACCCACGACACCUAUCAUGGCUCCAACCACGUCACCUAUCGACCCCACUUCGCUGGCUCACCACCCACGACACCUAUCAUGGCUCACCCGACACCUAUCAUGGCCCAACACCACGUCACCUAUCAUGGCUCAACACCACGUCACCUAUCAUGGCUCAACACCCACGUCACUAUCAUGGCUCAACACCCGACACCUAUCAUGGCUCAACACCCGACACCUAUCAUACCUCACCACCCGACACCUAUCAUAGCUCAACACCCACAUCACCUAUCAUGGCUCAACACCACGACACCUAUCAUGGCUCAACACCCACGUCACCUAUCAUGGCUCAACACUCCACGUCACCUAUCAUGGCUCAACACACGACACCUAUCAUGGCUCACCACCCACGACACUAUCAUAGUUCACUACCCGACACUAUCAUGGCUCACCACCCACGACACCUAUCAUGGCUCACCACCCACAUCACCUAUCAUGGCUCCACACCCACGACACCUAGCAUGGCUCAACACCCACGACACCUAUCAUGGCUCACCACCCACAUCACCUAUCAUGGCUCAACACCCCCGACACCUAGCAUGGCUCACCACCCACGACACCUAUCAUGGCUCGAGGCAUGA